GGGACUUUACUCGGAGAGUUUGCUCCUUGCCUACCUAGUGCGUGCUGUUUGAACUGCAUGUCUCACUUCCCUUUACUGGGAGAACUUAAGCUAGUUCACCCUUCAGGAAAUGUGUCAAGUACCCUGAUUUAUUGCAGAGUACGUGCGACUGAAAACAUGACCAGAGUCUGAAAGCUCACACAAGACUUUUGUGUAAUGGAGCCAGUUUUUGCCAACAGAUGAGGACCAUGGCAGCGGCAGGUUGGGUCUUCCUUCUGGCUGCCCUGUUGUCUCUGGGAUUUGCACACAACCACAGUGGGGAGGCAGAGAUCUACCAUGUAAGUGCUGGACGUCUCUUCAUGCUGAGGUGUCCCGAUGCUGAUUCUCACACCAACAUAACUUGGAGACGAGGUGGGAGACACAACCAGAGCCUGCCUACUGGAGUGGAAGUGAGGGACGGGUUACUGUGGUUUCUACCCGUACAGGUGUCUCAUAAUGGAUCCUACACAUGCGAGAAAAGGGAUGAAACUGGUUCAUUCAGGAUUAAAGUUGGGGUGUCAGUGUCAAGUGGAAAGUGUCCUGAUCCACUAGAGACCAUAUCCAUCCCACAGGCUGUCAGUGACGGUCUGCCUUGCAAACAGAGUGAGAUCUUUGGGUUGAAUAGCACAAGGAGUAUACGAUGGAUGAAGGACUGCGGCCCUGUGAAUCGUCAGGGAGAGCCCAUCUCUGUGGAAGAGGAUGGUUUCAUGAGACUGCUGUCAGCCUCACGGGGGGAUGCUGGGAUUUACACCUGCCUGGUGGAUAUAAGCUUAGACGGCAGGAAUUACACGGCGGCACGCAGCAUCAAGCUAACUAUUACUGACGGAACAGUUACUCCAGAGGCCAAGGUUGUGACCCCUCAACAGGAAGUGGUCAUAGUUGAAGUGGGCAAAACAGGAGGAAAAGCUGAGCUGAAGUGUUUGGCUUACAUCGGCUUCAGAGAGGACAUUGAGGAUGACAUUUACUGGACUGUUGGCGGGACCUUCGUUGAGGAUAAUGAGGGAUUCCAAGAGUCCUGGAAAUAUUCGCAUGUCAGUGGCCGUGUGUACGGUAUGUCCACUCUGAUUAUCUCCAAGGUCCACCGUCGAUUCUUGAACGUCCCCAUCGGCUGCCAUGUUAUGACCCUAAAUGGAGUGAAAGUCGGCUUUGUGCAUCUUCAAGAAGCGGACCGCAGCGCCCUCUACACCAGCUUGGCUCUCUGCAUCCUCGUCCCGCUAACCGUUCUGAUCCUGGCGACUGCCCUCAUCUUCUUUAGAAUCGAUCUGGUGCUGGCUUACAGGAAACUGUCGAGAGGUUUCGCAAAACAACAAGCUCCAGAUGGGAAGCUCUAUGAUGCCUAUGUGAGUUUCAUGCACCCUGACACUCAGAGUUUGGCAGAGACGGCGAGGUUCGCAAUGCAGAUCCUGCCCGAGGAGCUGGAAAACAAACACGGCUUCUCCCUGUACAUCAGGGGACGAGACGACUGCCCCGGAGAAGCGGUGCAUGAUGCUGUAGCUGCUACACUGAGCCAGUGUCGCAGACUGAUACUUAUCCUGUCACCUUUGGAGAAAUCCUGCAGUGAAGUCAAAACCGAAGAAGUUCCCAUAUGUGACAACCUGAACCAGCUGUGUUACGAGCACAAAGUCGGCCUUUAUGACGCUUUGACUCGGAACAGCCUGCGAGUGAUUCUGGUGGAGAUCGACGGCCCGGUGGAUUACAGUCUCCUGCCAGAGUCUCUGCGCUACAUAAAGAGGAAACAAGGAGCUCUGAAGUGGAGGACCACCUCAGCUGGAGUCCAUAAACUCAAGAAAUUAGACUCUAACAGAAAACUGUGGAAGAAUCUGAGGUACCAUAUGCCGUCAGUGCCUACAGGGAGACUCAAGACUGAAGUGAAAACAGGUCACUUAUGCUGAAGUUUUAAAGAUUUUUUUUGUUUGUUACUUCAGGAUCUUUGGGCACAUUUCCUCGGAAAGAUGUUUGGAUAAAUGGAUACCAAAUGGGGUUGUUAUCUGUACACGUACUGUAAUUAAGUCAGUACUAAGUUGACUUGCUAAUACUCAAGGAAUUUUCCUGUUGUGUGCAGGCAGGUCGAAAAAAACAACUGCUGGAUUUCCUCCUGGUAUAAAGCCGGCAUUUCAUAGAACAGGCUGUGUUCCACAGAUGCCGGAGUGUCUUUAUUCACUGGAACUGUCAUUCUCUAUUUAUCAAAGGGGUUACAACUUUAACAUAAUAAGGAGAUUUUUUUUUUUUUUUACUACAUUUUCUUUCCCACCUUGGCAAAUACUUUGUAAAAAUCCAAAACGUGAAGAAGAAGAAAACAGAUCAGCUCAUAAGUUUUCAGAAGGUUGAUAAUGAUCAGAAGAGGAUGUAAAGGUCACAGAUAUCAGCACAGUUGUAGUGCAUAAGAACUUU